AUGUCAGUUGAAUUAGGGACACUGGCAAGUGACAAAGAAGUUGCGUGUCUCCCUUAUGUUGGUGUGGCAUAUAAGAAAUCGUCGACAGCUUGUCAUACAGGCCGAGUUUUUAACUUUCUGCCGUUGCCAGCUUCCUGCAAAACUUAUCUUCCUGUUCACGUAAAUGGAAACUUUGCUUUAAGUCAGAAUCGCAGACAUUUGAAAUUAUCCGACGGACGAUCUGCCGAUAAAUUCAUAAAAUGGAACAAAGGUUUAAUUGAAGAAGUGUUGUCCGAAUCGUACAUGACUUUGGUGGAUCAUCUCAUUGAAAAUAGCCAUAAAAAUAAAAAUACAGAUGAACUAAUUAAUGACGUUUAUAAGUGCUUACCCAAUUUGGACAUAACAGAGGAAAUAUGGCAGACUCUAGUAGACAGGAUCUACUUGAAAGUAAUUGAGAAAGCAGUUUUCUAUUCCGAUCUUGGCCAGAAUGGCAGGUGGGUGACAAAAAAUAAAGCCAUCGCAUGUGAUGUAGACGGAUUGUUGAACUCUUCCUCUGAACAAAGACAAAUAAUCAAAACACCAGUUAAAGAUGUUUUGCUUAAUCUGAAUAAACCUGUAGUGGAGGUUCGACAACACAUGAUGGUGUUGGUCAAUAAGGGAAAUUUGAGACAGAUUACGCCUUGUGAGUUAGUUACAAUGGUAAGAAAUAGUCCGCUUUCAUAUUUAAAUCUGCAACGGAAAAAUAAGGUUGCCCUUCUAAAUUAUUUAAUUUGCGACCCACGAAAAGAGUUCCAAGGAUUGGAACUGCUACCAUUGCAUGGUAUCCAGUUUACAACUUUUCACGAAAAAGCAGAAAAAGUAUUUGUGCACAGAUCUGAAGAAGUUAAGCUAUUUCUUGGUGAAAAACAAAGAUUUAUCUCACAAGACCUGCCUGACGAAUUAUUUAAAGAUCUGAGAUCAAUGGCACUAAAAAGUAAGCAUAUAAAGUAA